AUGGAAACUUCAUCUUUGCUGUCCUCUUUACAUGAUGAAUGCAGAUCAGACAACUAUAUUGAACCUCAUUACAAGGAAUGGUACCGAAUAGCUAUUGAUGCUCUGAUUGAAGGAGGUUUAGAAGCCUACAAAGAAUUUCUUUCCAAAGAGAGAUGUUCGGAGUUCCUAGCAGAUGAGGAAAUUGAUUAUAUUUUGAACAAUGUUCACAAACUUCCCCAAAACACAAUUUAUUCCUCUAACCAUGCCAUUGAUGACAACUCUUCCUCGGGGACGUACUGGCCCAUUGAAUCAGAUGUGGAGGCUCCAAAUCUUGACUUAGGUUGGCCCUAUCUGAUGCCUGGAAUUUCUGGUGGCACAAAUAUUGAUCUGCUUUUUCAUCCACCACGAGCACAGCCUUACACCAUAAAGGAAACUGUUCGGAAGAUGAUACGAGAUGCAAGAAAGGUCAUUGCCAUUGUUAUGGAUAUGUUUACAGAUGUGGAUAUUUUUAGAGAAAUCGUGGAGGCAUCUGCUAGAGGGAUUGCAGUGUAUAUCCUGCUUGAUGAAUCGAACUUCAGUCACUUUCUGAAGAUGACAGAGAAACAAGGCUGUCAAGUUCAGAGGCUUAGGAAUAUGAGGGUGCGGACCGUGAAAGGACAAGAUUACUAUUCUAAAACAGGAGCAAAAUUCCAUGGAAAAAUGGAACAAAAGUUUAUUCUUGUUGACUGUAAGAAAGUCAUAUAUGGUUCUUACAGCUUUAUGUGGUCAUUUGAAAAAACCAACCUCAGUAUGGUUCAAGUUAUCACAGGACAGCUUGUUGAAUCCUUUGAUGAAGAGUUCAGGACACUGUAUGCCCGUUCUUCUGUUCCUAGCUCAUUUGCCCCAGAAUUAGUGCGGGUAAACAGUCGCAAGACACUCUGGGAUAACGAUACGUACCAACAUUCUGUGUCUUCCUUGGCUUCAGUUUCUAGCCAAAGAAACCUUUUUGGAAGGCAAGACAAUGUUCUCAAGAUAGAUCCUGUUUGGAAAUCUCGUGGAAGAUACGCAGUAAAUGAAAUAGAUAAAUAUGGCUUAAGAAAUCAAGCCUAUAAUAAGCAACCAUUUAAUCCAGGUUUUAAUGUUCAAAAUCCAGUCCAGCAGUAUCAGCCUAGUGAAAAGAAUGAGCACUGGAAGAGACAUAGUUAUGCUGGGGAGAAGCCAGAAAGGACACCUUACCUAUUGCUCAACAGAGCUAUUAACAGAGCAAACAAUCUACCAAAUACUUGGAAAAUGCCAUCUGAUAGCCUUAGUAUUGUGUCAUCAUUACGAGGAGGAUAUGCAAAUAACUACAAUAUUCCCCAGCAAAGUUUUGCUGAUCAGUUCUCACGACCAAAGGUAAAUCUUGCAGAGAGAAAUUCAAUUGUAAGGAGGUCUUUUAAUGGGACAGAUAGUCAUAUCCGCCAUCUGCAGCAGAGAAUGCCAACCCUUGAGCACACAACAAAAUCAUUCCUACGUAACUGGCGAAUAAAGUCCUAUUUGAAUGAUCAGUCAGAUUAUCCAGUAGAAUCAAAUGGGUCAGCCUUGGGUGACAGGUAUGAUAGCUAUGACACAGCUGAAAAUAUUAAAGCUCAUGCACUGUACUCUCAUUCUCGCUUGCGAUCAUCACUGGUGUUUCAGCCAACUUUACCUGAACAGCAGGAAGUAAGCAGCUGUGCAAGUUCUUCAAAUUCAACUAUAAUUGGAUCAGAGGGGAGUGCAACACCUAAAGGGACAUCUAACCAUGCUCCAAGUGUGGAAAAUGGAACGGAUAAUGUUUUAGAGGAGGUUAGCACAAAUUUUCCUCUUAAAUCAGAUGCACCAAAAGCCCAAAGAAUUCAGAUUGCAGAUGACACAAAACCUAGUAUAAAUUCAAAUGCAGCUGGUGACUCAUCACCCUAUUUGUACACAACACUGUGUACAGACAAACAUGCAGAAAAUCUGAAGAACCUUCAAAAUGAAAAUAUGCUCAAAAGAAGAAGUUUUCCCAUGUUUAAUUCCAAGUCCAUAUUGGAUCCUGGUACCAACAAACAUGCAUCGAAUUAUGUUUACAGCACAUUGACUAGGCAUAGACUUAAGCAGCCAGUUAGUCCAAAACUUCCACAAGACAUGCUGAAGAGUGCUAAAAGUUUGCAUAGUGUGACCAACCACUUGCCACAGGAGGAAAAGGACCUGAAAGGAGAGCUAAAGAGCCCAACUGCUAGCAAGGCAAUCUCCAUGGCAGCUCUCACUGAAGCUAGCAGGGAGGAGUCUAGUAAAGAUUGCACAUCAAAGAAAGAAAGUAAGAAUUCCCCAAGUUUUCUGAAGAAAGGAUCCCAGAAGCUGCGGUCACUUCUUAAUCUCACACCAGACAAGAAGGAAAACUUGUCAAAAAACAAAGGUCCUGCCUUUUACAGAAUGUGUAGUAGUUCUGACACAUUGGUUUCUGAAGAUGAGAAUCAAAAACCAAAGAUUUCUGAAAAUAAGACAGAUUCUUCCCCAAGGAGAAAAAGAAAUUCAUCAUCAAAUUCUCAAGGUAGUUUGAGCAGAAGUAAAGAAGAUGUGACCGGGAGUCCAACGAAGUCUCCAAAGUCUCCGAAGUCACCAAAAUCUCCAAAACCUCCAUCUGAUGAGAGCAAUAAAAAGUGUCCUCUCUUAUGUCCCCUUGAAAGUAAGUUCAUAGAAACUGCAGGAGAUCCGUCUACUCCCAGAUUUAAUACAGAACAGAUCCAGUAUCAAGAUUCAAAGGAAACCUCCACAAAUGCUACUUCUGACAGUCCUCCUGUCUCUGCUCUCCAAAGAGCAAGUUCAAUGACACCACAGCUUGCAAGCUCAAAGCACCAAGAAGACUUGAGAUCUCGUUUGAGUGAAAGGCGUGUUUAUAGUCGCUUUGAGCCAUUCUGUAAGAUGGAAAAUGCCAGCCAACCUGCAGGAAAUGCAGUCAACAGCAGUUCACAUCUAUCAGAUAUCAAAAGCAAGACCUUAGGGAAUAAUUAUGGCAGGAGUAAUCACAUGGUCAGCUACAACUCAACUGCUUACCACCCACUGCAGCCUAAUGAAAACAAGCUGAGAGGAUUUAUGCAAAAGUUUGGGAACUUCCUACACAAAAACAAGUAA